AGUCCAAGCCGAAUCCGGACGGAAGUCGUCGUACUCAAAACCUUCCCAGCCUCACAAGAGAGGUGGGUGGCGAGAGAUAAUCAAAUACUCCAGAGUCCUAAUAUCUAUUGAUAUCACGAGAGCCAGGGGGAAGCCAACCUCCGGAUAUCUCGAGCCGAGGUGUAUUCAAAUAAAUGGUGUCCAGUAACAAAGGGCGGUGAAGAUCUGAAGCCAUGGGGAGGCUGGAUAGUUAGUUUACUCAUACUCCUGCUUCACCUCAUGAUUUACGUACCUAUGAUCUUCCUAUUGCCCCCCCCUCAGAAGUAUAUAUAUGGUCGAAGAGGGCAUUCCUCAACGCCAACAUCCACCGCUCUGCACACACACCGAUCUCCGCUCUACUAAAAGACCAAGAUGCAGUUCACAGCUACCCUCAUUGCACUCGCACCGCUCACCAUUGUGAGUGCAAGUCCGCUACUCACGCCUCCUCACCGAAAUUCCACAGUCACGAGCGCCGACACUUGCGGAAAUAAAACAUACAACCCAGCCAUGGUGAAUACCCCCCCUGGGUACUCUAUCAUUGAAGGAUUAACUGACGGCAAUUAGUAUAAAUGCUGGCCCGGCUCGAUCCUCUGCCCUACCACGAACGGAACAGAGACCUUGCCAUGCGCCACUGGGCGCGGUGUCCAAGGCUUUGACUGCUAUCUGCCUUCACAGUACACGUUAGUUCCCCUAUCACUGCCCUAAAGUUAGCUUACAUAACUAACAUUGAGGACUUAUAGCUGUGUGAAUGCAACCCUUAUUUCAUUGCCUUCCGUGGCGGAUACGAAUGGCACAAAUUUGACUUCAAAAUAUUAAAUGUUGGCAGGAUGUAAUAUCUUUUUGGAUUUGUUGGUGGUAAUGCUGAGCUCGUACUGCGCUCCUGUGGCCGGGUUGAAGUUGGGGGCUUAAGGUGGCGAUUUCUAUACUAAGUAGAAUAGUGAGAAACAAUCUUUCAUUAAUAUUAAUAGAUAUUUUGUUAAACCCC